CGCACCGCAGACACGCGCAAUGGUAACCGGAAGCAUCGAUGAGAGGAAAAUAAAAAUCGAUCAAAACCCUUGUUAUUCUUGAGGGAAACUCUUGUCACCUGCUGUCAUUUCCACAGCGAAGGUUCGCAUCUGGUGGCCCCUAACACUACCACUUUGUCGGAGGGGACGACAGAGAGCAGAAAAACUGUCUCGUUUGACCGAAGUUGCUCGCUAACUGGUUUAGCUGACGUGUGGAGAAGUUGAGACUGCCAGGGACCAGAUAGACAAACACAAACAAGCUGGGAUCAGCUGAGCGCCUGUCCGAACCUAACCAGCUGCGCGGGGAGAUGUCACGGAGAACCGCUUUGCUUUUCUGAGCCCAAGAAUGACCCACGGGAGACGGUGACUUCCACUGAAACUAGCUCCAUGUAGACUGUCAACAGUGUGGCACACAAAAGAAUUUCAGCAACACAACACGAGGAUCAGCCAUAAGCUGUAGAGGAACAUCCACGGCUUGUGUCACUUUGGCCAAACACUACCAGGCUAGCAUGGUCAACCAAUGACUUUGUCCUCCAGUUUUCAUCAGUAACCAAACGAUUAUAUAUUACAUUGCAACAAUACAGAAGUGGGAUCAACAUGGCCCACCAGGCAACCCCUAGUUCCCAGAAGGCCCUGAUGAUGGAGUUGAAGUCCCUGCAGGAGCAGCCGGUGGAGGGCUUCCGUAUCACUCUUGUGCAGGAGUCUGAUCUCUACAACUGGGAAGUGGCCAUAUUUGGGCCUCCAAACACCCUAUAUGAGGGAGGCUACUUUAAGGCUCACAUCAAGUUCCCAGUUGAUUACCCGUACUCCCCACCUACCUUCCGUUUCAUCACCAAGAUGUGGCACCCCAACAUCUAUGAGAACGGUGACGUGUGCAUCUCCAUCCUGCACCCCCCAGUUGAUGAUCCUCAGAGCGGGGAGCUGCCUUCUGAAAGAUGGAAUCCCACCCAGAAUGUCAGAACAAUCCUGCUUAGUGUCAUCUCUCUCCUCAAUGAACCAAACACCUUUUCGCCUGCGAACGUGGACGCUUCUGUCAUGUUUCGCAGAUGGAGGGACAGCAAAGGCAAAGACAAAGAGUAUGCUGAGAUCAUCAGGAAACAGGUGACAUCCACAGCGGCGGACGCAGAACGAGACGGCGUCAAAGUGCCGACCACAUUGGCGGAGUACUGCGUCCAGACCCGGGUUCCUUCCCAGGACAGCAGCUCAGACCUGCUCUAUGAUGACCUUUAUGACGACGACAUGGAGGAGGACGAGGACGAUGACGAUGAGAGCGAAAUGGAGUCCAUCGGCGAAGCUGGAGGCGCCAGCACUGCGGAGGAUGGUGAGACAUCCACCAGAUGUUAUGAUAACCAAGACGACUCCGGCAACGAAGACUCAUGAUGAUCUGGAUAAUAACUGCUCCGUGCCAACUCCCCCUUAUACCCCUGCCUACUUUUGUGUGUAUGUGUGUGUGUGCGCGCGCGUGUGCGUGUGUCUAUACAGUGGGGUCAAUAGUCUACUGCCAAAAAAACUUUUCAUCAUUUAUCAUAUUAUAAUAACUAAGUCAAAUAACGUCCAAUACUUUUUAUGUAAGGUUUCACGAAAAGGUUCAUUGCUGAGUCAGAAUUUUAUAUUUCCACCGUUUGCCUUAAUUCCAGCUUGCACUCUGUUUGGUACAAAUGUUUUGCAGAAAAGAUUCCAGCAUUGCUCAAAAGCAACCCCGGGAGUGGUUUCGAUUUGGAUUAUGUUUUGGAUUAUCUGUUAAAUUAAAAAUUCCCAUUAUUAAACUUUUAAAAAAUACAUUAAAAAAUGUAUUAGCACUCUUGCAGACACUCUCAACAUAUUUGCUCACUGAUGAAGUACACAUUCACAUUCUAAUGAGAUGCAAUACAGGAUACAAAAUGCCAAUUUCAAUCCAUACAGAAUUCACUAAGUGUUAGAUCACCAUUGACUGAUCAUGGCAGGUUUUUAAUGUAUUGACUCAUUAGAUUUUGCAAGUGUACUUCCCAAAGUUAAAACUGACUUAUCGCCUCAAAGUAAUGCCUUCUCUGCUUAGCUUUGAUAAAUGAUGAAAACAUCGAUCCCUGUGGUGUUCUCUUCAACCCCACUGUUUUGUCUUCUUUUGUGUUCAAACACUAUCUGCCAUUUCUCCUUGUCACUUUUGAUGUCCUCCUAAGUAUGUGUGUGUGUGUUGAACAUAUGAAUGAGCAUAUAAAAAUGGAGAAACUGAUGGCAAACACCUAGGCCACGAGGAGGCCGUGCCGGCAGCGUGUCCGUUUGAUGCAAUCAACAAAACUUUGUAAACACAAGCUCUGGCUGUGACAAUGUCUACCGCAGCAUCCAUCACCACUGAUCCCUCAAAGAGGCGAGCAAGUUGAAGACUUUGCCUCCUACACCUCUCUCUGCCUCUUAAACCUCAGGGCCUCUAAAGACUUUGACUGAGAGAGGAAAAAAAAAACGACAAAGAAAAAAAAAACAAGGAACCCACACAAAACUGAUCCGUCACUUCUUGUGUUCUUGCUUCUUUUCUGUCACUGGUGUUUUUAAAAAGGGGCAAAAAGAUGGCUUUGAAAGUAUUCAAUCCCACCGCCGGAAUGUUUACAAUUAUUGAUUUUUAUUGGCUCUGCUGCUUUUUGCUCCCAAAAUCACCAGAAUCCUGACGUUAUAAGAGGCUGCUCACAUGAUGUUCUGAUUGAUGUGAUAAUGUUACAUUUCGUCUUGACACCAGUACUGUGCUGCUUACACCACAUCCAGUCAAUCACCUGUCAAUCAGGACAAACGACAAGAUGCAGCUGGCAUUUGAAUGAAAACGACAUCGUCGCCUGUACGGUGUGUGUGUGUGUGAGAUUGCAUUAACCAGGAGAAGGUCAAGAAUUUUGGUGUUCAUGCUUUGACAGAGCUGGGUGCACACAUCCGUGGAUGGCCCCCCCGUUGAGUGUUUUUUUGCAGUGUGGGACAUUUAAGUUGUGUUUAGAGGCCACAGGAUGUGAUGAAGUUACACUUUUGAAAAACACAAAACAGUAUGUUGUUAGCCAUCAAGUCGACCCACAACACUUCAGACAGAUUAUAUGCCAAGGAAUUAAAAGUACAGAAGAAUAAUUUCAUUUGAAAGUGGAGCAACAAGCUGUUUGAAUUCAUGUUCAUGUGAAACCAAAAGAAGAUUCCUGUUUUGCUUUGGAAACUCACUAAGACAGAAGAAAUCAACUUGGAUUAUGGACAGUUGAUUUCAAUAUACAACAGGAUUUACCUGCCUCACAUGUUCUGGACGCCCCUUUUUUUUGUUUUCUUUUGUGGAAAAGUCACAAUAAGAAAGUCGAUUUGUGCCACCAUCACUUUUUCAGCAGUUUGCCCGCUUCUGUUGUAAAGUGACUACAACAAGAAUGAGCAUAACAUGGAUGUGGAGGAGUAGCCAGUGCUUUACAGUGACAGCUAACCGGCUCUUUACAGUAGUUAAAUCCUCCAUAAAUUUAACAGAAAUGUAUAAAUAUGAGUCAACAGUGCAACCCUCACUGUUGUCCAUAUUUGAUAAGUUUCUGUACUGAACACAGACAGAUUGACACAUGCUUGUCAAUUAUCUUCAUGGGAUUAAGAACAUCUCAAACUACUUCAUUUAUGCUGUUUGGGGGUUGUGAUUUAAUUUACCCCAAGCCAACACGAUGUCACACGGUCACACUUAACAGACUGCAAUAUGUGAGUGUGUCCGCUCCUAUCGAUGUUAAAUGCUGUUAAAUGCCUUUUUCUUUUAUUUUGUUGUCUUUUUGAGGAUGCAAAGUUCUACGGAUGCACCGUGUAAUUGUCGAAUGUUCAAAUUUCUUGCAAGGUAGCUUUUGAGUCGGAAGACUGCAGGUCAUGGAAACUAUAAACAAGUUUUUUUCAGGGGGUUGAGAUAAGGAGGCACAGUUGAUGUGGUGGUAACAUUUUGGAGUUCAUCAAUAAAGCAGUAUGCCAUCCAA